AUGGUGCAGGUUACUCAGCUCAAGGUGGCCGUUCUCGACGAUUACCAGGGCAUCUCGGAACCCCACUUCAACAAGCUGGACAAGUCGCUCUAUAAUGUCACCGUCUUCAGGGACACCCUACUGCCCUACAACCACCCUGAUACCCCCGAGAAUGCCAGGGAUGCCUUGGCCUCACGGCUAGAGCCUUUUGAUGUCAUCUCACAAGGCACCAUGAGGGAACGCACCCCGUUUCCCAAGGAACUCAUCGCGAGGCUGCCCAAACUCAAGCUUCUUCUCUCUACUGGCUUGCGUAACAACAGUCUCGACCUUCCCGCCUUCAAAGAGCGCGGCAUCCCCGUUGCUGGCACUGUGGACAAGUCAACCGGCAAACAGGUCGGCACCAAUAGCACCACUGAGCACUGUGUCACACUCAUCCUCUCGCUGGCACGCAAUAUCGCUAACGAUGACCUCGCUGUCAAAUCAGGCCUGUGGCAAACUGAGCUAGCCACCGGCCUAACAGGAAAGACGUUGGGUGUCGUGGGGCUGGGACGCCUCGGUGUCUCGACGGCUAAGAUCAUGCGCAUGGCAUUCGGCAUGAAAAUUAUUGCUUGGAGCUCGAACCUUACGCAAGAAGCUGCUGAUGAGAAGGCAAGGGCUGAGGGCUUCCCCGUCGAGGGGCCUGAUGGGGAGAAGACCUUCAAGGUUGUCAGCCGAGACGAGCUUUUCAGGACUGCCGACGUCCUCAGUGUCCACCUCGUUCUCUCUGACCGCUCCCGAGGUCUGAUUACAGCCGGUGACAUGUCCAAAAUGAAGAAGUCGGCCUUGUUCGUCAACACAUCCCGCGGACCGCUAGUCGUCGAAAAGGACCUGCUGGACGUGUUGAAGAAGGGCGGCAUUCGGGGCUGUGCUCUGGAUGUUUUCAACCUCGAGCCGUUGCCUUUAGACAGCGAGUGGCGUACGGUGAAAUGGGGACAGGAUGGACGUAGCAGGGUCCUACUGACGCCCCAUAUGGGGUAUGUUGAGGAGCAUACGCUGAAUGCUUGGUAUGAACAGCAAGCGGACAACAUCAAGAGAUGGCAAUCGGGGGACGUCCUUGUCAACGUACUUGCAUAG